CUGAGAUCUUCACAAGCUCUGGGAAACCAUCGAAGCCGCCCGUCACGCUCAAGCUUUUCCCCAGCGAACCUCUCACCAUCCGCCCAGACCAGCGAGCCAAUUGAUCCCAAGAUGGCAGCCAGAACACUCAGGAUCGGCCUCAUCCCCGGCGAUGGCAUAGGCAAGGAGGUGAUCCCCGCAGGCCGGCGCCUGCUCGAGGCCCUCCCGGCCUCCCUGGGCCUAAAGUUCUCCUUCGUCGACCUGGACGCCGGCUUCGAGACCUUCGAGAGGACAGGCGUCGCCCUCCCCCAGCGCACGGUCGACACCCUCAAGGCCGAGUGCGACGGCGCCCUCUUCGGCGCGGUGCAGUCGCCCUCCAAGGCCGUCAAGGGCUACUCCUCCCCGAUCGUGGCGCUGCGCAAGAAGCUCGACCUGUACGCCAACGUGCGCCCCGUCAAGGGCGUCGCGAGCAGCCUCCACGGCCAGCCCGCCGUCGACAUGGUCAUCGUGCGCGAGAACACCGAGGACCUGUACGUCAAGGAGGAGAAGACGGUCGAGGGCGGGCCGGGCGGGCGGCCCGUGGCCGAGGCCAUCAAGCGCAUCUCGGGCCGCGCGUCGUACCGCAUCGCCGAGAUGGCGGGGCAGAUCGCGCAGCGGCGGCAGAAGAUGCGCGACGCGGGCGCGGCCAGCAUCCACGGCUCCUCGGGCGCGCUGGUCACGGUCGUGCACAAGUCCAACGUCCUCUCGCAGACGGACGGGCUCUUCCGCUCCACGGCGCGCGAGGCCCUCGCCGAGACCAGCCCCUCGGUCCGCGUCGAGGAGCAGAUCGUCGACUCGAUGGCCCUCAAGCUGGUCCAGCAGCCCGCGCACUACGACGUCGUCGUCGCCCCCAACCUGUACGGCGACAUCCUCUCCGACCAGGGCGCGGGCCUCCUCGGCUCCCUGGGCCUGAUCCCCUCCGCCAACGUCGGCGAGGGCUUCGCCAUCGGCGAGCCGGUGCACGGCAGCGCCCCGGACAUUGUCGGGCAGCACAAGGCCAACCCCAUCGCCACCCUGCGCAGCGUCGGCGUCAUGCUCGAGUUCAUGGACCUCGAGCUCGCUGCCGCGCAGAUCUACGCCGCCGUCGACGCCACCCUCGCCGCUGGCGUCGUCACGCCUGACCUGGGCGGCAAGUACACCACCACCGAGGUGCUUGAGGAUGUCCUGAAGCGCCUGUGAGCGGGCCGCUGGGACUGGAUGGGAGGGGUGUGUAUGUGUGAGGCCGGAGCCAAAGCCUGCGGUUUGUGAGACUGUUGCGGUGUCGUUACGGAAUAGGUAUAGACAAAAUGGAUACCAUGAAUUGAAACCAAUACUUCAUUCAG